AGGGCGAAGAAACUCGGAAUUUACAGAGAGAAAGGAAGAAGGAAGAGAAUGGUCAAACAUUACCGGUGGCACCGGUCAAUGGUUGUAAAACCUCUUUCUAUGGUUCUUCCUCUCUCUCUCCUGUUGGGUCCUUCAAUUUUGUGGAGUGGCUUCUUGCGUUGAGUUGUCUCCGUGGUCUGGUCCGUAAAGCUUAAUUUCUUGACGAAUUAGUAGCUAAGAUUUCUGAGUUUCUUUCCAAGUUCAGCUUAGGAAGAAAUGGCGCAACGUUCUCACGUACCAAGAUUUGGCAAUUGGGAAAAUGAGGAUAAUGUUCCUUAUACGGCUUAUUUUGAGAAGGCACGAAAAGAUCGAACUGGCUCAAUGACGAAUCCAAAUGUUCCUGAGGGAAAUCCAGAUUCAGUUCAUGAUAAUUCAUCUUCAUCCAAUCUCCCACCUACUGAACCCAUGGUUAAUUCAGAGGAUCAAAGUGGAAAAGGAUCAGUGAGUCCAGCACUCGAGUUACAAAAGAGCAAGGAUGAUGCUGUUCCUAAGCCUUUUACAGACUCUCCAGCUAGUCAUGACAAUAUGGGAAAUAGAAGUGGCAAUGAGUCUACACAUCGUCGGGGAGUAGGUUCUGCUGACACUCGUCAAAAACCUGCAAGACAAAGUGCUGGACCCGAGUACAGCAUUGAACGUUCACCACUUCAUCGCCUGGCAAAGACCCCUGGCAGAGAUAGUCCCUCUUUGGAAGGCAAGAAUUCCUAUGACAGCAGCCAUGGUACCCCAGGGCGAUCCCGACUAAGAACACCUCAUCGAGGAGAUGAAUCUCCUGACAAAGCUGCCGCUGUUCCCAAAUUUGGGGAGUGGGAUGACAAUGACCCUGCAUCAGCUGAUGGCUUCACUCAACUUUUCAACAAAGUGAGGGAGGAGAAAGCUGGUUCCGGACAACCACCUGGCACGCCAACCCAGAGACCAUAUGCUGUCCGGAACCAAAAGACCAAUGAAAAAGGAAAGAGCUGCUGCUUUGGCUGGUGCAAAUAAUGAUUUCUGGAAAGAGAUGAGUUGGAUUCUGAACAGAGAGAAAAGUAGUGUUGUGAUUGAUCAUGAGGUUUGUGUAGUACUUGUAAAUAUCCAAGGCUCUCAUCCUGCGGCAAAACAUCAAUGAAGUGCAUUUAUCGGAACUACUUUGCGGUAACAUAUUGAAACCAGUUGUAUCUAUCAAAACCAAUAUAUAUAUGAUUUGGCGAAUAAAGACACUCAUCAAUCAGGCAAGAUUAUGAUUUUAUGCUUA